AACGUCAGUCAUACGAAUCAGUUCGGUUUGAAUUGCGCUCUGAUAUUGCAAUAACAAAUCUGCAUUUAUUUUCUAUUACAGCAAUGCUUCCGAAAACUCGGAUUUCAACCCUGAUGCGGGUCAUUUCCAAUGGAUCAUGUAGCUGUCCCGCACACUCUAGACCGGCAGCAAGUGCUUUGGGCACCAAAACGGCAAACGAGUAUGCAUUCGAAAUGUCAUCGGCAACCGUUCGGUACGGUCCUGGUGUAAGCAAAGAACUUGGACACGAUCUUCAAAAUUUGAAUGUGAAGAAGGCCUGCAUAGUAACAGAUAAGAAUGUUAUCAAAUUACCAUCGGUAAAAGUAGCUUUCGAUUCCAUGGCGCGUUGCGGAAUCCAGUAUGAAGUUUACGAUGAAACGCACGUGGAGCCCACGGAUGAAAGCAUGAUCCAUGCAGCCAACUUCGCACGGAAAUACAGCUUCGAUGCUUUUGUUGCUAUCGGAGGUGGAUCAUCAAUUGAUACUUGUAAAGCAGCAAGCCUGUUCAGUGCCGAUCGGGAAGCUGACUUCCUUGACUACGUCAAUGCUCCUAUCGGUAAAGCAAAGGAAGUAACCGUCGAACUGAAACCACUGAUUGCCGUUCCGACUACGGCGGGUACAGGUUCCGAAACCACUGGAGUAGCCAUUUUUGAUUAUAAGUCACUGCAUGCCAAAACGGGAAUAUCUAGCAAGCGACUAAGACCGCAGCUGGGUCUGGUUGAUCCACUGCAUACGUUGUCACAGCCGGAGAAGGUAGCCGCCUACUGUGGAUUCGACGUAUUUUGCCAUGCUCUGGAAAGUUUUACUGCGAUUCCUUACACCGAACGCGGUUCAGCUCCGACGAAUCCUAAACUACGUCCUCCGUACCAGGGUAGCAAUCCCAUCUCCGAUGUUUGGGCGCGCUUUGCGUUGAAAAUUAUUCGAGAGAACUUUGAAUCUGCGGUGUUCAAUCGGGAUGAUCUAAAAGCUCGUUCCAAUAUGCAUUUGGCCUCUACCAUGGCUGGAGUUGGUUUCGGAAAUGCCGGGGUCCAUCUGUGUCAUGGUCUGUCAUAUCCGAUCUCCGGAAGCGUACGGAAAUUCAUUCCCCCGGGUUAUAAUGACGACCAUCCGAUUAUUCCGCAUGGUUUGUCGGUGGUGAUGACAGCUCCGGCCGUGUUCACGUUUACCGGAGCCGCAUGUCCGGAACGGCAUUUGGAAGCCGCUGAAAUACUAGGAACCGAUAUAACAAACGCAAAAAGAAGUGAUGCUGGAAAGAUACUGGCUGACACUGUAAGAAAAUACAUGUUUGGACUGAACAUUGAAAAUGGCCUGUCAUCACUGGGAUUCAGUAGCGAGGAUAUACCCUCAUUGGUAAAAGGAACGUUGCCACAGAAAAGAAUUACCAAACUUGCGCCUCGCACUCAAACUGAAGAAGAUUUAACCGAACUUUUUGAAAACUCAAUGUCCGUUUACUGAUUGAUGAAUGUGUUAUUUCAAUAAAUUACAAUAAAAGUUUUUUUCUAA